AUGAUGAGUAAUAAAUCUGAUGGCAAAAAAGAAAAGAAAAGGGACAAAGAAAAGAAAAAGGACAAAGAGAAGAACAAAACAAAAGAGGAAGAAAAGGGGAAGGAAGAGAAGAAAGAUGUCAAAAAAGAUGACAAGAAUGAUGACAAAAAAGAUGACAAGAAAGGCAAGAUUGAAUUGGCAAAACUGAUACCCAUUCUGGACCCGGCAGGAAACAUGUAUUACUACUGGCUCCUGAUAAUUACAAUGCCAGUAAUGUACAACUGGACCAUGCUCAUAGCAAGAGCAUGUUUUGAAGAACUUCAAGCAGAUUACUUGCUCACAUGGUUCAUCCUUGAUUACGUGUCAGAUAUCCUUUACAUAGUUGACAUGUAUUUCAGGACAAAAACAGGUUAUUUGGAACAAGGACUAUUAGUCCGAGAUGAAAAGAAACUCAGAGAAAAAUAUUUUGCUACACUACAGUUCAAACUAGAUGUUUUCUCACUUAUUCCAACUGACUUACUGUAUUUCAUCUUGGGGCUAGAAUAUCCCGAAAUCAGAUUAAAUCGUUUGAGCAGGAUUAGUCGAAUGUUUGAGUUUGUGUCAAGAACUGAAACGAGGACAAACUACCCAAACAUUUUUAGGAUAUCCAAUCUUGUCAUGUACAUUGUAAUUAUCAUCCAUUGGAAUGCUUGUGUAUACUAUUCAAUUUCAAAAGUUAUAGGAUUUGGAGCGGAUACAUGGGUAUAUCCAAAUAUAUCUAUUCCUGAAUUUUCUCGGCUUGCUAGGAAGUAUGUAUACAGUCUCUAUUGGUCAACACUGACACUAACAACCAUUGGUGAAACCCCUCCUCCUGUUCAGGAUUCAGAAUACUUCUUCGUGGUGGCCGAUUUCUUGGUUGGAGUGUUGAUUUUUGCUACCAUCGUCGGUAACGUUGGUUCCAUGAUUUCCAACAUGAAUGCAGCUCGUGCAGAGUUUCAGUCAAGGAUUGAUGCCAUCAAACAGUACAUGCACUUCCGAAAAGUGAGCAAGGAUUUGGAGAAGAGAGUUAUCAAAUGGUUUGACUACUUGUGGACAAACAAAAAAGCUGUAGAUGAAAGAGAGGUCUUAAAAUACCUUCCUGAUAAGCUAAGAGCAGAGAUUGCCAUCAAUGUCCAUUUGGAUACACUGAAGAAAGUUCGCAUCUUUGCAGAUUGUGAAGCUGGUCUGCUGAUUGAAUUGGUAUUGAAGCUCAGGCCACAAGUGUAUAGUCCUGAAGAUUAUAUAUGUCGCAAAGGAGACAUCGGUAGGGAGAUGUACAUCAUCAAAGAAGGGAAGCUGGCAGUCGUUGCUGAUGAUGGAAUUACUCAAUUUGUGGUUCUGAGCGAUGGCAGCUACUUUGGUGAAAUUAGUAUCCUAAAUAUCAAAGGCAGCAAAGCUGGAAAUAGAAGAACAGCAAACAUUAAGAGUAUAGGCUACUCAGAUUUGUUCUGUCUCUCAAAAGAUGAUCUCAUGGAAGCCCUGACAGAAUAUCCAGAUGCAAAAGCAAUGCUGGAGGAAAAGGGGAGACAAAUUCUAAUGAAGGAUGGUCUUUUGGAUCUGGAUGUUGCUCAGCUUGGAGCUGACCCAAAGGAUAUGGAGGAGAAAAUAACUAGACUGGACAUUGCAAUUGAUAACCUACAGACUAAAUUUGCUAGACUUCUGGCAGAAUACAAUGCUACACAACAGAAGCUGAAAGAAAGAGUGACAAAGAUUGAGAACAAAAUUAAACAAUCAGGAAUGCAGUUUGAUUAUUCAGGACUGAUAGAAGUUGAAGCAAAGGAUAAAACUGAAGAGAGUUAAAAGAAGAAUAGCGUUAUCAUGCAAAUUAAUAUUACAAUUUGGAUAAGUUUUACAUAACUGAAAUACAUCUCAGGAAGAAAGUCCACAUAAAGAUUGAAUAACUUUAUGAAGAAAAACAUUUCAAAGUGUUUAUGAUAAAUUUUAUACAGAGUUCUACAACAGAAGCUAUUCACAAUAGCAGAUGGUUUCAAAGAGCAACAGCACAUAUUUAAAGUGUUGGCCAAAUGAUAGAAGGGAGAAUGUGAGGAAGAACAUUUAUGCACAGAGUGAAGCUGUGAAAUGGAACUCAUUACCGAUAAGGAUGUUGGGGGAAGAAAAGCGUUAAUAAGCACCAAUAUGGAUUGGAUAGGCACUUAAAUGAAAAUAAUUUGCAGGGUCUGGGUAAAUACCUGGUUGUCUGAGGCUGAAUGGCUUCCUUUGUGCUGUAAGAAUUCUAUGAUGCUAGAAGUAUUGAUGCAAUAUAGAUGACAACUCAGUAUUGGGACGUUAAUUUGAAUUUAAUUACAUAAUAUUAAUAGUGAGCUUUUGCUGUCAUGGUAGAAUGUCUUUUUCACUCCCAAAAUUAACAAGGCUGUGUUGAGUAUCUAUGCUAACAACACAUUUUUGCUGUAACCCAUUCAGCAUCUGUAUGAACACACAACAUUCUUGUACUUACAUAGAAAUUAAUUCUGUCUUCUGAAUAUCCCAAGGGUUACUUUCAAAGAGCAAUCACAGUAUUUAUGUACUGUAGCGACACACACAAAUGCUGGAGGAACUCAGCAGGUCAGGCAACAUCUAUGGAAAUGAAUGAACAGUCAACAUUUCAGGCUGAGACCCUUCUUCAGAAAAGGAAAUGAAAGGAAGGAGGAAGACACCAGAAUAAAAAGGUGGAAGGAGGGGAAAAGGAUAGCUAGAAGGUGAUAGGUGAAGUCAGAUGCGUGGGAAAAGGGCAGAAGAGGAAGGCAUCUGAUAGGAGAGUGGACCAUAGGUGAAAGGGAAGGAGGAGGUGACAGGCAGGUGAGAAGAGGUAAGAGGCCAGAGUGGGGAAUAGAGGAAUAGGGGAAGACGAGGGAAUUUUUUUAUAAACCAGAAGGUGAAAUCGAUAUUCAGAUUGGAGGCUACUCAGAUGGAAUACAAGGUGUUUCUCCUCCACCAUGAGGAUGGCCUUAUCAUUGCACAUGUCGGAAUGAGGAUAAGAAUUGGAAUUAAAAUGUUUGGCCACCAGGAAGGGUGGAUGGAGCAGAGGUGCUUGAUGAAGCUGACCCACAAUAUGGUUCUCACUAACGUAGAAGAGGCCACAUUAGGAGCACUGGACACAAUAGGCAACUCCAGCAGAUCCUCAGGUGAAGUAUUAGCUCAUCUGGAAAAACUGUUUGGGGUCUUGAAUGGAGGUAAAGGAGGAGGUUGUGCAACUUAUUGAGUUGAGACCUUAGCAUUAUAGAAUAUUUCAGAGCCACCAUACAUGGAGUGUACAUGGUCAUUGAAGAUAUGUGGGAAACUCACUUACAAGGCAAGGUAGAAUCAUAGAAAAUUAUAGGUCAGAAACAGGCCCUUUGGCCCAUCUAGUCUAUGCCAAACCAUUCAAACUGCUGAGUCCCAUUUUCCACUUUAGUUCUCAUCAGCUGAAUGGCAAUAGAAAAUCCUAGUGAAUUUUUGACAGAGUGGCUUGCGCAAGCCUCCCCAUAACCCCCCCCCCCCACACACAUACAUUACCAUUUGGUUAUGUUACCAUUCAAAUGUUUGCACCAGAACAGUAAUAAAGAUAAGAGUGCUGCCGGGAGCUACUUUUCACACUUCAUAAGUGGUGCAUGGGAUUUCUGUCUAUGUUAAGUCAGCAAAAGACUUCCAGCAGCCUUGAUUAUCAAGAGAACGGUUCACUCUUACCUCCAUAGAUACUUCCUAGUACAGGUCCUCCCCUGGCUACAUACACCCAAUUUAGACCAAAAGACCAUAGAAAACACAGAAGCAGAACUACGUUAUUUGGCCCAUUGCAUCUGCUGCACCAUUUCAUCACGGCUUAUCCAUUUCUCUCUCAGCACCAGUUCUCCUGCCUCUUCCCCAUAACCUUUCCUUCCCCUACUAAUCAAACCCAUCAACCUCCACCUCAACAGAUCAUUGUGUGUAUUUAAUUUAUGUAUUGCUGAACAUUUGGGAAGCUGUUGAGAUGGAUGGUUUUACCAACUGUUGCGAGACUACGAGCAUCUUCCACCAUCUGGGAAUUCACUUCAGCCUGAGUUAUGAACAGUUCAUAGGAACAGAACACUGUUGUAUCCUGGGAAGUACUGGUAUCAAGCUGGAGACACAACAGGAAACUAGUUAAGCUAUUAUAGGAUUUAGUGGCCUAUAAAUUUGUA